GUUUCAUGUUGACAUGGAAUUUGUGGUGAAGUCUUCAAGACAUUCCACGUCGGUUGACAGGGAGCUCCUGAGGUGGCUAGUCUAAAUAUUUGUAUAUCUUGAGAAGGAAAACUAGUAAUUCCUUUAAAUUUGUAUAUUUCGGAGCAAACAAUUUUGGUACCAUUAAAAAUGCGUUAUUUAUUCACGUAUAGUUUAUUUGUUCUAUGGGGAAUCACUGUUCAUGGUCUAUAUUUCCACAUCGGAGAAACUGAAAGGAAAUGUUUCAUAGAAGAGAUACCCGAUGAAACUAUGGUUACAGGCAACUACAAACUGCAGUUGUAUGACCCCAGCACUGGUGGAACAAUGGCCUCCUCAGCUGGUUUAGGAAUGCACGUUGAAGUACAUGAUCCAGAUGACAAGAUGGUUUUGUCUAGAAUGUACAGCAGUGAAGGCAGGUUCACAUUCACAUCACACUCUCCAGGUGAACAUGUCAUUUGUCUCUACUCUAACUCAACCAAGUGGUUUUCUAGAUCACAGCUGCGCGUGCAUUUCGACAUCCAGGUGGGAGAGCAUGCCAUUGAUUACGCCAAUGUUGCUCAAAAAGAGAAGCUCACAGAGCUUCAGUUGCGUGUCAGGCAGUUGCUCGAUCAAGUAGAACAGAUCACCAAAGAACAAAAUUAUCAGAGGUACCGUGAGGAACGCUUCCGCAUGACGUCUGAGAGCACCAACCAGCGCGUGCUGUGGUGGAGUAUUGGUCAGGUCGCCAUCUUGGUCAUCAUGGGCUUCUGGCAGAUGAGGCAUCUCAAGAGCUUCUUUGAAGCCAAAAAACUUGUCUAAAUGACCUCACUCGAUUAAUUUCAAGUUAAAAAUGCCGGAUAUGGCUAAUCAGCAGUCUAACAGGUCUUUUUAGAGCCGGUUUGACAAACUGCAUCGCUGAAGUAUAUGUUGAUAGUCAGUCAACAUAACAUGCGGUGAUGUCUUGUUGACAACACAACUUAUCACCGCAUUUUUUGCAACCUAUGUAGACAACCACUUUUUCUCUUCCAUCUUUAGUAUUGUAGACAAUAAGACGAUUUAGUGUGAUUUUCAUUUGCUAUAUUUUGAUAAUUUUCAAGCUGUAAAUGGUGUUGAACCAUAUUAGCAAAAUUUUUUCGUGAACUUCAAGGCAGCAAUUCGGUGCGUGAUGUUCACGAUUUUUAUUGUUCUUUAGCGUGCUUCAUGUGUGAUGAUAUCGCUGCUUUUGGCGUUUUUAUUAAUUUUUUGUCAAUAUAAUUUAUGGAGUGUAUUUAUCGAUCUCAAUUAAAGCAAAAUUUUACCAACAUUUGCAGUAAAGUCACGUACUUGAUUAGAGUGUGAACAUCUCUUAUUAACUUGGCCACUGGGACAGCUCUGUGCUUCCUGGAGGUCAGAACGACUUGCGACUUUAACAAGCUUAUGCAAUUGUAAUUUUUUGUGAGUUAUAGUUCCCCGGGUAUACGUAUGCAAUAUUAUACAUUUGAAAUUGUUACCCUACCAAUCUGUGCAUGUGAAUAAAUUCCAACUAACUUGGUAACCUGUUAGGAUAGUCAAAGCAUCAACUUAGUGACGUCUGCUAAAACUCUAUGAAUUUGGUGUUUCUUAAUAUUCUUUAUCAACUUCGGAAUACGUUCGCGCGGCAUAAACCAAUAAUAAAAUUAGGUUUAGGGUUUGAUCAUGUUUAUUUAACUACAAUGAAAUGGAAUAGAAUAAAACAUGAUUCAGAAUUGUCCAAUUUCAUAAGCAUCCGCAUGACGGCAAGAUUGUAGCCUGCCCUGCUUAAAUUUUUUUCAUCACUAUUUUUUUUUACAGCGUAAAGAUGUGUUUUUAGAUCUGUAUAAAUUGAACCUGAUCAAACGUCCACGCUUGAUAUUCCUGACUAGUGUAUCGAGCUUAUGUAACGCACGAUCGUAGAAUAGCAAGGUUUUAAGUUAGGAGCACCUGCUAUUUUCGAAAUGCAUGGCCGGAUUUUAAAGGCGUUAACAUAAUUUCAGUGGUACCUUUCCAACACGGGUUCGAAAAUUUUGGUGUAGUGGCCGUUUAGAGGUUUUUCAAUAUUAAACUGUGCUCAAGUGUCA